AUGUUGCUCAGAUUCACGUCCCUCGAUAUGCUCAACACCUCACUCGUCGAUGUAGCGACUGGUGACCGUGCCUACGAAAUCACCACGGAGGUGCUACCCGACUGCGACGCAUCUUCGUCUAGCUCUAUUCCUUUCUCAGGGACCGCUUCUGUUCUAGUCACGCCUUCAGAAGAUUUUUCUUCAACUGCUUCUGCCCAUUGGAAACACCCCCAGCCAGCACAUGUGUCCUCAGCUGAUUCAGCGGAAGACACAGAGAGACGGCGCACCCAGAUUUCAGACGGCUCAGGCAAUGUCCUUGUCGACGUCCAAUGGAAAGGACGACGCCCGGAUAUUGCUAUCUGUGACGAAAAGAUCGGUGGCCUCACCGAGCUCUUUGGCUCUUCGACAAUACGUUUCAUGCCCAAAGUGCUCGCAAUCCCAACCCGGUUUGAUACCGAAUACGUUUGGUUAGCAACAGCAGAUUCGCUAUCCCUCUUCGAUUAUGAUACCGACACGAUCAAAGGCUCUUUCCACCAAAAUUGCAUCCGCCUCCCCGCUCCUUUGAAGUCGUCGAAAGGAAAACAGCCCCUAUCACCACCCUCUCCCUCCGUUAAGCGCAAACCCUCCAAACUUGCCAUCUUCACCAAACCGUCAGCCUCAGACGAGCCAUUAUCACCCGUAGUCGACGAGGACGCUCUCCCCACGAGCCCAAGCAGCCCCACUCCCAAAUCAACUUUCAUUCCAACGCUUCUACCAGGCCUCGGCUCGAAUUAUCUCGAAUUCGAAUCACAUCCCCUGGCUCUUGACGUCGAAAUUAUCCCAGUAGCUCAAGCAACACAAGGCCAACCUUCGUCCCAGCGCAAAAACCGACGAAAACUCGUCCGCAAAAAUGGUUCCAAGCCCGGAGCCGCCGCUGCUACUUCUACGCACCAACAAAAUCAACAUGGCGGAGACGAAGAAAUGAACGAUAUUACCGAAACCGCAGACCUACAAGAAGGGACUUCGAGCCUUUUCCCCAAACCAACCAACAAUGUAGACGACGACGACGACGAAAUCAUGAUCGACACAGAUCCCACCACUGGUGCUUCGUCCUCUCAAGCAGCUGGUGUGAAUGGAUCUUCAGUGGGCACAACCGCAGCACCCCUCUUUGCUCCAGCAUCCGCAAGUGCACAAAGGACCCUGCUAAAAUCGGAGACGAGAAGGGUACCGAUACCGCCACAUCGUAUGACCCCGCUGAAAAAAGAUUGGGUGAGCAUAUUUGGACCGCUCACUGAAAUCUUGGGGCUGCAAGUCAGGAUGAACGUUCAGAGGAGGUGUGUGGAGAUGAGGACUUCGAAGCAGACGAAAGACAUUGGCGCUAUCCAGAAGGGUGCUGAUUUCGUGAAAGCCUAUUCUCUGGGCUUUGAUGUCAACGUAUGUUUCGUAUCUCUUGUUCCCUGGUUCUCGGGAAUUUAA